AUGGUCCCUCUCCCUCCUGAUCAUCAACGAGUACAGACUGGUGAUAAGGAUGCUCACUACUUCUGGUUCUUUAGCCUCACAGAGAAAAAGUUUCAUAAGAUCAAGACCUCUUUUGAAGGCUUUCAUUAUCCUCACGUAACAUAUGUGGGUUCCUCACAUGGAUGGCUUGCGAUUUGCGACCUCAGUAAGGCAAUGGUUUAUCUUCUCAAUCCGGUUUCGGGAUCUAGAAUCGAUCUCCCAUCGAUUUCGACUCUUCCUAACAUUGUUGAAGGAUGCAAUCCCAGAGUUUUCCGAGUUGUGCCCUCCUCCGACCCGUCUCGCAACAAGAAAUUUUUCAUUGUGGUGAAGUACUGGUCUCCUCACAGUAAACUAGCUUUUUGUAAGAAUGGAGAUGAAAAAUGGACCUACUUAUUAGGCGGUGGUCGGUUAUGUUUUACAUUCCACAAAGGCCAUUUAUAUGCAUUACGCAAGGAAAUCCUUGAGGUUUGGGACUUGGGAGGAACUUAUCCCAUGAAAACCGUGGAUUUUCGCCAUGGACUAGGGCCUGUGGUUACAGGAAUGAAUUUCUUGGAGUCAACAGUAGUGAAUACGGUGGACUCACUGGGUGAACUUUAUUUGUUUGGGAAGAGAAUUGGCUGCGGUAAGACCAUAUCAAAGGAGGAUUUCCAUAUCUACAAGUUAAAUUUCACCGCCAAGGAGUGGGAGAAAGUGGAAUGUUUGAAUGAUCAAGCUAUAUUUUGUGAUCAUUUUUGUAAUCCUGCUGAAGGAGUGAUGUUAUUAUCAACUCGGAAUCUCCCAGAACUUGAAGAAAACUCAAUAUACUUCAGUGAUUGGGGAAAGUAUGAAGUGAGUAAGUGGCGAAAGUAUGAAGUGAGUGGAUUACUAUUCAGCUUGGAAAGUCAAGUUACUAAGGAGUACUCUAACUUUCGCUGGAUGCGUGUUGCUCAACCUUAUGUUUGGAUUGUUCCUAAUCCAUGGUGA